CUGCUACUCCUGCCACGGCCCAAAAAGUAGCCGUUGCCUUUUCCCCCAAAUCCCCUCCUCUCCUCCUCCCAGUCUCAGAUCCCCCGAUUUCCUCUGCUCCCAUAAACUCAAUCGCGGCCGUUACGCUCUCGCCUCGCCUUCCCCCAUUUCAAACUCAACCGCGUUAUUUCGCGGAGAGCCGCCGAGAAGAUUCCCCUCUUCGAGCGCCGAUCGGAAAGCGGAGGCGAGGCGCUGGGACGGUCUCGGAGUCGGAGGCGAGGCGGGAGAGGGGAAACCGGAUGGUGGAGGCCGGCGCGAGCUUCAUGGAUAAGGUCGAGGCGGCGGCGGACGAGGACGGCGGCGGCGGCGGCGGCGGCGGCGUCGAUGGGGCGAGAGUGGACGGCGGGGGCAAGGGCGAGGAGGAGGCGGAGAUGGCGCCCGUGGAGCCCCUGCCGGAGCCUCCCGACGACGGCGGGCCCGUCGCGUGGCCCAUGCCGGAUUUCUGCCCUCUCACGAUCGACGGGGCGGUGAAGGAGUCGUUCCUGGAGACCCUGCGUAAGGACGCGGCGGAGGCGGAGCGGCCGCCGCGGGAGGACGCGGAGGCGGAGGGAGUGGUGAGCCCGGACUCGCGGCCGUCGAGCAGCAAGCGCCACCGCGCCGGCACCGCCUCGCCGUCGUCCAGGAGCCCCUACCGCAACAUCCUGCAGGUGUUCCAGCAGUGCAGGCAGGACGUCGUCGGUGAGACUCCGACGAAGAAUUACUAGAACCACCACCGAGUAGCAGAAACGGAGCACAGGAUCAGGCCGCGAUGUCACGGCUUUUCACCACUCGUACUUCGUAUUUUGUUCAGCCGUUUAGCGACACUCUGCUUACUGGUCGUGAUGCGUCAUGCGACUGAAGGGGAUAGUGAGAUUUCAUUCUUGUGUAAAGAUUGGUUGGAUACAGAAGUUACGAAACCUCGAGUAAAGAAGAACGCCAUGUGAAAUGCAGUUCGGUACUUGCAAACCAUGAUGCUAA